AUGCAUCAGAUACUCUUCUUAUCUGCUCUUACUGUCUCAGCAAUUUUGAAUUUUGUAGGACUCAUUGUAAAUCUGUUUAUCGUAGUGGUCAACUACAGGACUUGGGUCCAAAGCCACAGAAUCUCCUCUUCUAAUAGGAUCCUGUUCAGCUUGGGCGUCACCAGAUUUAUUAUGCUAGGACUGUUUCUCCUGAACAUUAUCUACCUGUUCACCUCUCCACAUGUCGAAAGGUCAGUCCACCUGUCCACUUUUUUCCUGUUGUGUUGGAUGUUUUUGGAGUCUACUAGUCUCUGGCUUGUAACCUUGCUCAAUGCCUUGUACUGUGUGAAGAUUACUGACUUCCAACACUCAAUAUUCCUCCUGCUGAAACGAAAGCUGUCCCCAAAGAUCCCCAGGCUGCUGCUGGCCUGCGUGCUGAUCUCUGCCUUCUCCACUCUCCUGUAUGUUGUGCUCACACAGACAUCACCCUUUCCUGAGUUUCUGACUGGGAGCAAUGGUACAGUAUGUGACAUCAAUAAGAGCAUCUUGUCUUUGGUGACCUCCUUGGUCCUGAGCUUCUUUCUCCAGUUCAUCAUGAAUGUGACUUCUGCUUCCUUGUUAAUACAUUCCUUGAGGAGACAUAUACAGAAGAUGCAGAAAAACGCCACUGAUUUUUGGAAUCCCCAGACUGAAGCUCAUAUGGGUGCUAUGAAGCUAAUGAUCUAUUUCCUCAUCCUCUACAUUCCAUAUUCACUUGCUACCCUGCUACAGUAUCUCCCUUCCGUACAGAUGGAUUUGGGAGCCACAUCCAUCUGUAUGAUUAUUUCCACCUUUUAUCCUCCAGGACAUUCUGUUCUCAUUAUUCUCACACAUCCUAAACUGAAAACAAAAGCAAAGAAGAUUCUUUGUUUCAACAUAUGGUGGAAUUUCAGUAGUAAAUAG